GCUACAUAAACAAGAUCCUUGUGGGGGGAAAAGAGAAAAAGAGAAGCUUAUGCUCAAAGCACACUCCCCCUUUUAUUUUAUUUUCUUUUUUUUUUUAUUCUCUCUCUCUCUCUCUCUCUCUCUCUCUCCUCUGUAAUUUUUUUGAUGAUUUCUUAAAGCAAAGCAUCUCCUCUUCCACAUCACUACUCUGCCUUCUGGGUCUUCUUUUCUUUUCCCUGUAAGCAUCCCUCCUUUCCUUUGCUUGCAAUUAACUAAUUACUUGAGAGAUGAGAGAUGUCUUUUUAUCUUCCCCUUCCUUUCCUUGUUUCUCGUCUCUUAAAUAUUUCUGUGUAUGCAUAACUUUCUGUUCACAUACCCGCCUAAAGUUUGGAAUCUCUUCCGCUGUGGUUUCAUCCAUUAAUGAAUGGAGCUCGAUUAUUGUUUAUGGGUUCAUUCAUUUAUUUAUUUAUUUAUUUUUCAGUCUUUUUCCAGUGUCAAUGUCAAAUGCAUGUGCUUGUUUAUGUCUGGGGCUAUAUAUUUGAGAAACCCUUUCCUUUCUUAGACUUCCUGACGAUUCUUUUCUUCCCAAUGGGCUGUGGAUGUGCAUGGUGGUGUCUACACUCUGUUCUUGGCAUGAGUUCUUCUUGGAUUAUAGCUAGCUCGGUUUUCAUCAUAAGAGAUUGAAUCAUAAUGUGGGAUUUUGAUUCUUGGCCUGUUCAUUUGAGCUUCACGUUUUGUUCAGAGUUAUGAUUGCAUUUUGCACGCAACCUGUUUGCAAAUUGUUAAGAGCUUAAUUCCAAAACUUGUUUCUUCUCGUGCUUCCCCAUUUCCAUAUCUUCCAGCUUCCCCAAAACUUCAGAAGCUAUAGCGAUUUUCUUUUCAUUUAAUUCUUCUGCUGUUUAGCUUUAACCAUUAGGAAACAGUAAAGUGACAUUUCAAAAUUUAUCUCUUCAAUGUUUUCCCAACAAGGGCUUGAUAAUCUCCUUUGUCCUGGUCACUUUCUUUGAUGUUGUUCUCAUUUCAAAACACAUGUAAAUUGAGUCAAAUCAUAGACUGAGAGAGGAAAAGCCAGAAAUACAAGUGACAGAGAAUGAGUUUCUUAACAGGAUCAUCAACUCAUUCAUGGGAACCAGUCGGGACUGUUAACACAACAGCCCGGAGUUACUGGCUGAACUGGAGGGUCUUGCUUUGUUCCAUUUGGCUCUUGAUGUCAGUAAUCUUUGCAUCAAUUCUUAUUUCGAGGCACGAAGCUCGACUACAUUCGGAAAAUGGAAGCAGAGAGAGGCAGGAAGAAGAGCCAGCAGCAGCAGGUCUGGUGUAUGAGGAUGAAGUUUGGAAGCCAUGUUUAAAAGUAAUUCAUCCUGCCUGGUUGCUGGCCUACCGGGUUGUUGCUUUCUUUGUGCUUCUGAUCCUACUCAUCCUAAAUGCUGAUGUUGAUGGUGCUACCAUAUUUUACUUCUACACUCAGUGGACAUUUACACUGAUAACUAUUUAUUUUGGGCUUGGAUCGUUGCUUUCCAUUUAUGGAUGCUACCACUACCAGAAUAAAGUGGGUGGUGAUAGUAUUGACGGUGGGGACUUUGAAGCUGGGCAAGACACCUUUGCAGCCACUACAAAUGCAUCCGAUGGGGCAAAGCACUUGGAAGCCAACCAAGAAUGCUGUGCUCGCCAACUUGCAGGAUUUUGGGGCUAUGCCUUCCAAAUAAUUUUCCAGAUGAAUGCAGGUGCAGUGAUACUCACAGACUGUGUCUUUUGGUUCGUAAUUGUACCAUUUCUGGCAAUCAAAGAUUACAGCCUGAAUUUUUUGAUUAUAAGUAUGCAUACUGUAAAUGCUGUGUUCCUGCUGGGUGACACUUACUUGAAUUGCAUGCGGUUCCCUUGGUUUAGGAUUGCGUACUUUUUGCUGUGGACAGUUUUCUAUGUCGUUUUCCAGUGGAUUGUGCAUGCCUGUGUCUCCCUCUGGUGGCCCUACCCAUUUCUUGAGUUGUCAUCUUCAUUUGCUCCACUGUGGUAUUUCUCAGUGGGUCUGAUGCAUAUACCGUGCUUUGCUAUUUUUGCUCUGGUAAUCAAAAUGAAACACAGCUUAUUGUCAAAACAUUUCCCUCACUCCUAUCAGUGUGUGAGAUCAUAAUUCAUGAAAGGCUGAAGAACAUCUUUGGAGUCCCAAAAACAUUAUGAAUUUUCCAUAUAGAGGAGGCAUGAACACGAGGAAGAGGAAGAAACAUCUCCGUUGAUGAUCAACGAGGAAGGAUAUGCUUCCCCCAAGGACAAGGGAAAAGUGAUUCUUAAACUAAUUUUGCAUAGAAGAAGAUUAUAUAUACUAGAGCUACCGAGCUAGUUAGUUUUGCAGUUAAGAGGAGUUCUGGCUUAUUAGGCUGUGCGUGCUUUGUUACUUGUAAGUAUGCACACUGACUUAUUCAGGAAAAACAAGGAUGACCAUUGUUUUCAUGAGCUUCUUUAUCCAUUUGACCACCCUGAUGAUGGCUCCAGACUUGACAAGAGACAACAGAAAAACCCAGAAUGUAGCUAGCUUUGUUUUCUGUUUAUGCAGAGACUUGCUAAAUCCAGCAACUACUAAUUAGUGUUAUGCACGUGGGAAAAUGAGAUGGACUUAGUGCCAUCCUUUUCUCAAUCCUAAAAUACGAAGGACAAAAACAAAAUAAAUUCAAAUCACAAGUUUAGUUGAGUUCAAGAUUCACACUGAUUUUACGAUCAACUCAACGGACUUGGUGCCUUCCUGUGAGUCUCCAGAGCCAACAAG